AAGUGCACGAGUCAUCGAGCCAUUCUCUCGCGAGGAGGAGAGACCUCGAAGUGCACCUCAGUGGACUUGAUGCAAAGCUAAGCGAACAGCGGAGACGCGUGCUGAGAAUCACCGAAAGACUUGACAAAAAGAAAAAAAAGAGGGUUCCUCUCCGUGUGUCUGCAAUUAAGAUGAGUCUGAGCACCAGCGAGAUGGAGGACCUGUGGGAGUCCCUGGGCUACCUCAACUUCUCCGACAGCUUUUCCAAUAUUUCCAGCGUGGACACCACAGUGUGCCACACGGCGUUUAACCGCAUCACCCUGCUCCACUCCAUGUGCGUCCUCUAUACUUUUAUUUUUGUCGUAGGCCUGGCAGGCAACGCUUUGGUCCUGUGGGUGAAUGUUCGCGCUCAACGGGACUCCGCCCCUCGCCAUGAGACCCACACGUACAUCGCCCACCUGGCCGUGGCAGACCUGUGCGUGUGCGCCACGCUGCCGGUGUGGGUGAGCUCACUGGCCCAGCAUGGCCACUGGCCGUUUGGCGAAGUGGCGUGCAAACUCACGCACCUGCUCUUCUCGGUCAACCUCUUCGGGAGCAUCUUCUUCCUGGCGUGCAUGAGCGUGGACCGCUACCUGAGCGUGACAAGCCACCGGGAGAACCAGGGCGGUGCGCGCAGGAAAUCUAUCCGCCGCAUGGUCUGUAUCGGAGUCUGGCUUCUGGCUCUGGUGGCCUCUUCGCCAGACACCUACUUCCUACGUACAGUGAAGGCCUCGCACGGGGACAGCAUGCUCUGUAGACCCGUGUACCCGGAGGACAACCCAAGGGAGUGGAUGGUGGGGGUCCAGUUGAGCUUCAUUCUCUUGGGCUUCAUCCUCCCCUUCCCUGUGAUCGCAUUCUUUUACGCGUUGCUGGCCAGAUCCUUCACUUGCAUAUCCUCGCCAUCAUCCACUACGGUGGAGCAAGAGCGUCGCGUGAGCCGCAGAGUGAUCCUGGCUUACAUCGUGGUGUUUCUGGGCUGCUGGGGGCCCUACCACUCCGUGCUGCUGGCUGACUCGCUUUCCCAACUGGGUGUGCUGCCUCUCACCUGCGGCCUGGAGAAUUUCCUGUAUGUGGCCAUGCACCUCACCCAGUGCCUGUCAUUGCUGCACUGCUGCUUCAACCCCAUCCUGUACAAUUUCAUCAACCGGAACUACCGCUACGACCUCAUGAAAGCCUUCAUCUUCAAGUACUCCACGCGAACUGGCCUGGCACGCCUCAUUGAGACAUCCAACGUGUCUGAUGCAGAGUACUCCGCCGUCGCCGUUGACAAUCCGCCGCAUUGUGCAAUACGAUGAGCUUUCAAUUCAAGCUCUGCGGCUGAAAUUCCAUCCGCCGUCAACCGACGUCAAAUAUGACAUUACAUUUACAGACAUUUUCUGCAGCUAGAUCGAGAACUCCUGUGGACAGCCGGGUAUCACUAUCGAUUGACUGGUUGCGCAAAAAGCACUUAGAAAGCAGUUUUAUUAGUGAAAUAUAAUCUAUAUCUAUAACUAUAUGGUUAGUGAUUUGGCAAGCCAAAGUGCUGUGUCCAAACCUUAUAUUUGUGUGGUCGAUUUUAAUGUUGUGUUUCCCAACGUUUAUUGAGCACAGGCACACAUUUUACAUUAGAAGAAUCUCCAAGCAAACACCACCCAAAGAAAGUCCCAAAAGGUAUGCAUACAUACUGGAGUAAUGAUGAUCUCAUUUUAAUUUUUAUUCAAUCCAGUGCAAAAUCUGGGCCUGUUUAUAGAACACAAAGUUGAAAUAGUCACAUAACUUAAUUUGUCGCAUGAGUGGCAACAGCUGGAUACACGGGUUUUUUUCUAUCUUUGUCAUCGACCCAUUACUAUAAAGUGCCCAAAUAGAUGAGCACAAGAUACAUUAUUCAUAACAAGGAAUAGUUUUGGGGCAUUAAUGUGCCGCUGCUCAGUGGCUAGGAAUCACCACACCAGUGUAUGUGCGUGUUUGUGUGCAUGUAUGUUGAGAGAGAAUUUGGCAGGCAUUGCUGGAGCUUUACGAGCAAAUGGGUGUGUUUAAUCAGUCUAUUUAUACUCAUUUGAAUUGUUUGACGUUGUCACUCACACUCUCCUCUACCCCAUUCAUAGCUGCUUCAUCCUUUCAGUGUGCCCAGUGACUGGGUCCUCGUUCAAAUCCUGCUGUCACACGUUAGGUAUGAAAACCUCGUGGCGUCACCUCAGUUGAAUCCUUCAACCAAAGAAGAAAUAUGUUUGUUUGUUCAUAUCUGUUGAGGCUUGCUGUUACGAUUGCUACUAUCUCCAGAUGGCACGUUAAUGACUCAAGUGCUAAGAUCGUAUCAUCACUUGUGCUCAAAUUUACGUUCUGAAGCCUCUGAGCAGACAUGAAUGUGAGUUAGCCUGCUCUGCUAGCCUUUGUUGUGAGCCUAUGUUGGCAGCAUUGCUACACUUUGAUGUGUAUUAGCCUAUGUAUUUUUUUAACGCAUUGCUAGCUUUUUUUGCUCACCAGUAGUUAGCCUGCUUUACUAGCCUAUGUCUUUAGCAUUCAUGAAUUCUUAAGUGUGCUAGAAUGAAACCAUUACACAUUGUCAAAUAUAACUUAAGAAGCACUUACCAGACAUAAACUGCUCACUAACCUAUUUCUCUUAGCCUACAGCUUCAUAGAAUGGCCACUGUGUGAUGUGUUUACCCAGGUGACUCUAUUACCAGUGCUAAAAGUUCCCCCGAGGAGCUAACUUCCAGUUAGCAUUCUUUACGAAUCUUUUCUACUGGCCUUUUGCUUUGUUGCGCUGUGACGUGCUAACUGAAACUCCUACGUAUUCAUAAAAUAAUCUUGCGUAGCCGCUUAUGUGACAUCAAAGGCUUCCAACUGCUCCUUAAUCAUUCACUUCGCCUUUUUCACUCACCUACAGUCCUCAAAUGAAUUCAUAACACAUGUUCAUAGUUACCUUACGCAGCCUAUUAUCAGACAGAAAAAUGGCCGCGAACUGGUAUUUGGCCUUCUUCGUUAGCCUUUUGCCAUUGGCCCUUGACUUCAGCACAGCCAUGCCAUGAUGUGUGUGGAUAGUCUUUUAAAAUAUAAAUGACCUCAUUCCCACAUUACGCGCAUAUUAUCUGGAUUUAUAUGACUCCUAGGCAGAUAGCUAUUUUUAGAGCCAACUUUGGCAAAGCCAGCUAGUAUUGUGUGGAGAAAAGGUCAUAAACGGAGUCACGUCUCAAACACUUCCCAUUGAAGGCGCAGCCAAUAAAUACCAUAAUUUGAGCUUUUUCCCACAGAAGUCAAAAGCCACUUAUUGCUGGCUUGGAAAAAGGGGGACUUAAUAAACCAAUUAUCUCUUUUGUUUGACAUUGCCUGAAGAUUGACUGUAGGCUGACCAAGUGUGACAAAUAGCUGCCAGUGACGCCGUUUCUAUAUUACGUUUGUGGAAUUAAUCCUGCUGCAUCAGCGCCUCAGGGCUAUACAUGCACACACUAACUUUUACAACCAAAUAAUAUAAACGAAUAGCUUUACUGCUCGCGUGCAGACAGCAUUUGUGAUGUGCAACUACAAAGUGUUGAUUAGAGGACCAAAUGAAUGCAGUUUGUCUUGUGAAUGUGUGUGCUUGAGUUAGCGGGGAUUUUUUUUGGUCUUAGCUGCGAUUUAAUGUGAGGGGAUAUUACAGUAUUUCAUAAUUAUGCUGACAUGAUGUGAUUGUGACUCGGGAGAGUAACGCGUCUCCAAAGGAGCAGGCAUCCCAUUAUUAUUUUUCAAGAAAUUUUCUGUCAAAUAUGUUAAACAUAGUAAAACUACUUUGUCUCCAUGCUUCCCAAGUCAUAUUUCAUGUCAUAAUGUCACAUCAUCAUAUCCCCUCUAUGGCAGUGUUCUCUAACAUGAGGGGGGGAGGGUGUCCUAAUAAGGGUCUUCCAAAUAAUUUGCAAUAUUAUGUUUUAUCCUUUUUUGUACAUACCUAGAAAUGCAUACUGGUGUUCAAAUAAAACAAACAUACUAAACCA